AUGUCUGGGACCUCCAACAACUCCAUCAAACAUUAUGUCCACUCCAUCUAUGAUCACCAGGUCUUCAGCACCGAGCAGGGACGCUUUCCGAAGAUGCAAAAAUCUGGUUGGGCCCCCAUUAACUUAUGCGAAGAAGAGGAACGCAGUGUUAUUCUCCCCUAUUAUGACCCACUCAUUAUCCACGCAGAUAAUUCUAACUUCGACAUUGGGCGUAUCUUGGUGGACACUGGCAGCUCAGUCAGUAUGAUGUUUGCUAAUGCUUUCAACGAGCUCCAGGUCCCUACUCAUUUGUUCGACCGAAGCAUCACACCUUUUGUGAGCUUCUCUAGUGAUGUUGUCCAGCUCAUUGGAAGCAUCCAUCUCCCUAUCUCUAUUGGUUCAGCACAACAGCGGGCGACGGUCACCACUCUCUUCCUCAUUGUUGACUGUCCCACAACCUACAACGUCAUCCUUAGGCGUCUAGCCUUGGCCCAAAUGAAGAUUUUCAUUUCCACGCAAAUGCUACUGCUGAAAUUCCCUACCCCUUAUGGCACAGGCAUGGUGCGUGGCGACCAACUUGGUGCCCAAAGUUGCUAUGCUUCAGCAGUCAAGUCCACCAAACACCAGCAUAAGAGUGAGACCCUCGCUGUAACCAAGGCUCCAGCCCUUCCCCAAGCAGGCUCUGAACCACCUGAAGACCCUAGGGAGGAAUCGAAGUGUCACGCCUAUGACCCAGAGAGGUACGAGGCCAUGAAAAGGGAGGUGGAUAAGCUAAGCAGCAUUGGAUUCAUCAAGGAGGUGGACUAUCCCACCUGGCUGGCUAAUUUGGUGAUGGUUCGUAAACCAAAGAAAGGCUGGCGUAUGUGUAUAGACUGCACAAACCUUAAUCGGGCUUGUCCAAAGGAUAGCAUUCCUUUACCUCGAAUCGACCAGCUUGUGGACGCCACAGCUGGCCACGCCCUCCUCAGCUUCAUGGACGUUACUCUGAGUAUAACCAGAUCUUCUUGCAUCCUGAUGACCAAGCCCACAUCUCCUUCAUUACUGAUCGUGGUCUAUACUGCUACAAGGCGAUGCCCUUCUGGCUCAAGUACGCCGGGGCUACUUCUCAAUGUUUUGUGA